AUGAGCGCAGUGCAGCUUUGGCUCGCAGAGCGCAAAAGGGGAGACUAUGAUGAUGACUUGAUUCUUGAACAGCUUGCCCGCAAUCGUGUGUUCCUCGGUGAUGAAGGCCUCGCAAAACUUCGAUCGUCAUUCGUUGUCGUUGUCGGCUGUGGUGGUGUCGGUUCACAUGCCGCUGCCUCACUGGCCCGAUCAGGUGUCUCCAAAAUCCGGCUCAUCGAUUUUGAUCAAGUCACACUAUCGUCAUUGAACCGGCACGCCCUUGCAACAUUGGCUGAUGUUGGCACACCGAAGGUCCACUGCAUCCGGAGGCGACUGGAACAAAUCACACCGUGGGUCAUGUUCGAUUGUCGGAAUGAGCUUUAUGGAAAGGCCGCAUCUGAGGAUCUUCUCGGCCCGUGGACUCUGACACACGACGGAGAAGGCCGUCGACCAGAUUUCGUGUUGGAUUGUAUCGAUAACAUCACAUCCAAGGUAGAGUUGUUACACUACUGCCACUCGAAUUCCUUGCCUGUGAUCUCCUCGAUGGGUGCAGGAUGCAAGUCGGACCCGACCCGCGUCGUCGUCGGUGACAUCUCGCUCAGUACGGAUGAUCCUUUGUCCCGCAGUACACGCCGCAGGUUGAAGCUUCUCGGUGUUUCGUCUGGCGUUGCAGCUGUAUUCUCGACAGAGAAACCGGGACCGGGCAAGGCUAGCUUACUUCCUCUUCCUGAAGAUGAAUUCAACAAAGGUCAAGUUGGUGAGCUCGGAGUUCUUCCUGACUUCCGAGCCCGCAUCCUCCCAGUACUGGGAACCAUGCCUGCAGUCUUUGGUUACACCUUAGCCAACCACGUUAUCUGCACCAUCACUGGAUACCCGCUUGAUUAUAACAUGGGUGCCAAGGGCCGCGAGAAACUUUACGACACCAUCUUGAGUGCUUUGCUAGGCAUGUAUGAACGAAUGAUCCGACAAGUCACCGGUCAAGAUACCGUGGGACUUCGUUUACCCCUCAGCAAGGAUGACAUUGCAUUCGUGGUGGAGGAAGUAUAUCGAGGAAAGAGUGCGGUCAGCGGCUUGUCUAACAGAUUGGCUCUCAUUCCCUGGCAAACUCCUACACAAGGAUGGAAUAUGGAUCUGAGCCUCGACAAGGAAGGACAAAAGACCAUCCCGAUUAACAUUAAUGACUUGGUUUGCAUGACCAAGGAGGAAGCACUGCGACACGAGAAUGAGAUACUCAAGGGCGGCAAGAAGGUGGAAGAGGUAUAUGAUGAGGCUGUUCUCCAGCGCGUAAAUCUCCGGAGACGGGAAGCGGAAGACGCAGAAAACGACUUCUACCCGACCACAACACACCAUCCCUCCUACUCGAAACAACUUAAGCAAAAUUCUCGCCCACUGAUAGAUUUUGCCAAAAAUGGAUGGCAAUCUAGAGACCCUGGAGGUCUUCAGCGCGGUUUCAGCGUGGCGGAUGACGUCGAAUCCCCGGGAUGGACCCAAAUGGCUCUCUCGGUAGCUUCCGCACCACGUUUCCGACGUUGGGCGAUAAGCUAUGCCACGUUGUUUAUUUUCGCAUGUAUUGGUUGGCGAAUGCUACUUUCUCCGCGACCACAAGAGCAAAGCUCGCUGUCGCAUUCACUCGAUCCGAGUUCGAAGACAGAGACAGUUGGGUUGUUCGGGGCAAAUUCGACCCCUCAAUUCGAUGGCCUGCUUCAUAUGUAUACAUUAGACUCAGGUUUGGUGCCUCAGGAUCUAGCAGGAGUGGAUGCAGCGAAGUCUGGUCGGAAACGGCUUAUCAUCGUGGGCGAUGUGCAUGGCUGUAGAGAGGAGUUGGUGCAACUUCUUGAAAAAGUCUCCUUCAAGCAAAAAGAUGGCGAUCACCUUAUCUUUGUCGGUGACCUGAUCAACAAGGGACCAGACAGUACAGGAGUUGUGGACUUGGCUCGACAGCUUUCGGCAUCUAGUGUCCGUGGGAACCACGAGGAUCGGGUUCUGCUUCUUCGACGCGAGAUGGUGAAGGCUCAAACUCUUGCAAGUCCCGAGGACGAUCAAGAGUCCCAUCUCUCAUCUAGAGAACUUGGCGAGCGUAAACUCGCGCGCUCUUUGAGCGAUGAGCAAGCUCAGUGGCUACAAAACUGUCCCGUGAUCCUGAAUGUUGGCCAAGUUCAAGGGAUGGGCCAGGUGGUUAUCGUUCAUGCAGGACUCGUACCGGGCAUCGAGCUUGAGAAGCAAGACCCCGCUAGCGUGAUGACUAUGCGGACCAUUGAUUUAGAUACGCAUGUACCCAGUCCUAAAAAAAAGGGCAUGAACUGGGCUAAGAUGUUUGAUAAACAUCAAUCCAAACUAUAUUCGAGCCUCGAGACUUCAACUGAAGCUCCCCUUGCGAACACCAUGACGGUUGUAUAUGGUCACGAUGCUUCUACCUCUCUUUCUAUCCGCACGUUUACAAAAGGCCUUGACUCGGGUUGUGUAAAGGGUGGAAAGCUCACAGCUUUGGUUAUAGAGAAUAGCGGAAAGCAAAGUAUUGUACAGGUAUCAUGUCGAGACUAUCUCAAGGAAUGA